UUGCUCUCGCUCUCGCUCUCACUCUCAGGUGGCUGCCCAGCAAAUUGUUGUUUACCAAAUUAGUUUAAUUAAGCUCUCCAUCUCUGAAAAUGGGCAAGGGUCAGGCAAGAGGCAGUGCUGCUGUGGGGAUCGGAUCAGCCGUCGCUGUUGCCGCCGUUAUCGGGUUGGUUGUGCUGUCUCAGUUGGAGAGCGUCGAGGCAGCUACUUUCACUGUCGGCGACGCCGGUGGAUGGACUUUUAACGUCCAAAGUUGGCCAAAUGGAAAACGUUUUCGUGCCGGUGACAUUCUCAAGUUCAACUACAUCUCGACGGUGCACAACGUGGUGGUGGUGGACAAAGGUGGUUACACCAACUGCAUAACUCCGGCGGGUGCGAAAGUGUAUAAAUCAGGGAAGGAUCUGAUAAGGUUGCCAAAGGGACAGAGCUAUUUCAUCUGCAACUUCGCCGGCCACUGUGAGUCCGGCAUGAAGAUUGCCGUCAAUGCAAUCUGAAUUAACUACUGCUCCAAUGUUAUUAAUAUUGUAACAGAGCCUAGAUUAUUAUAAGUGCUUUUAAUUUCUAUAUGAGAACAAAUGUUAUUGUAGUGUUAAAUAAAAAAUGUGUCCUUUUAUAAUAGUGGGAGUGUUUGUUAAUUUCUAGUUGGAAUAUCACCUUCCUUGUUGGAAAAAUACUAUAUAUUUUAUGUCAUCAUAUCAAUACUAGUGUUUUUAAA